CUACAUUGCCUGCUCACCUGCCCUCCCUCCAUCCAUUGUUUUAAUUGGCACCAUCUCGAACAACACAUCUAGGGAAUCUUUGAACACAUAGGCGUACUAAAUGAGACGGCCGUAAAGCUCAGUGAACUGGAACUGAUCUAUUUCCACAGGUAAAUGAAAAUAAGAGGGACCUGCACGUAAGAAAUCAGUGAAACCAGACUUACGGUGAUAAAGACUAUCCCACAUUUCAAACCCAGCUGUAUUAUACAUUUUUUUUCGAAGUUUACAAUAUUUAAGUGCAGCAAUUUUCGAAAUUCCAAGGAGCUUUACAUGUAGCGAGCUCUGCCUGCUGUCUCAGCCAGAUGCGGCUGUUCUCGCUGAUUGGAACGAGUGAGAGUGUGCGGUGUGUCGAUGGGGGCACGUCGUCAGUGCAGUUAGUACAAACCGGGCGUGGCCACAACUGGUUCCAGGCCACUUCAUCAGCUGCAGCAGGUAGGGUCGGAGCUCCUGUGUUGUUUAAGUGUGAGAGCCAGAGGGCAAUAACAUCUCUAACAGUCUCUGCUGAAUAAAGAAAGUUUCAGCUCUUGACAAGCAGGGAAAACAGAUAUUUGCAAUUUGUUUUUCAUCUGAAAUAUGUAGUCCGUUUAGCACGUUAUUUGAAAACCUUUCCGUAACUCCAUGCGGACAUAUUAGCAUUUGUUUUCCAAGUUGCUUUUGGGCUGAUAUUCGCAAAAAGUGCGCUGAAUUUGUUUUAUUUUCGGUUAGUACUCAACAUUGUAGCUCAGUCGUCAUAAAACACCAUCUUGAACUCUGAUUUAGUAAUUUACACCAAGAUUCCCCACUUUGUCUUUUGUUCUCUUGUCGACUGGUACAGAGAAUCUGAUUAUUAAUCUAACUCACUAAGCCGCCGGUUUGUUUCCACUCAUUGAUGUUUCUUUCCAUUGCUGGAAGCUGUGUGUUUGUAUUGGUCACUGACGGAGGAAGCAAGAUUUGAGCUUUCAUUUCUUAAAUCCGAUUUCUAGGACACUGAGCUGUGAUCUGCUGGAUUACUGUUGGAAAUCCAGGGCAGUGCCGCUAAUACGGUGUAGCAACAGGCACAACGAAUGACCGUGGUAGAUUAAACAGCUCCGUUUACAUUGACACAUGGGCAGGCGGCCCCUCAAACCUGUUCUGCCAUUCCUUCAGACCAUGGCUGAACUGAAUUGAGAAUUGCAACGGGAAUCGCGGUUAAAAGAACGGGAUGUCGUACCCCAAUGGUGCGUCGGUUGGAUUACCAAUGUACAAUCUCCAGGAUCAAGUGCAAAACCCAAGUUCCCACCUGUUGACCGUCAAUGGGCACCGACAUUCUCCCACGUUUUUGGAAGUGGCAGAGGAUGUGGUUGACACUAGCUAUUCUCCGGUUUCACUUGAGCAAGAAGAAGUCGUGGUUAAUAAUGGAUCAGGUAUUCCUGACAAUCCGGAGGCGGAUACGCCAGAUUCAACCCUUCCGAUGAACAGCGCAUCCAUGGCCGGCUCGGAGUCCCGCAAGAACAGCUCGUCCACUCGCUUUUACCAUCCUUACAUGACCAAAACUAGCAUGCAGGGAGAUGUUUACAACUUUUUGGAAAGACCGAGCGGCUGGAAGUGCUUCCUUUACCAUUUCGCUGUGUUCUUGAUGGUGUUGAUUUGCUUGAUCUUCAGUGUACUAUCUACCAUUGAUCUUUAUGCUGACUUUGCAACUGGAACUUUGUUUUGGAUGGAGAUAGUGUUAGUAGUUUUUUUCGGUGCAGAAUAUAUGGUACGAUUAUGGUCUGCAGGCUGCAGAAGUAAAUAUAUUGGUGUUAAAGGAAGGAUUCGGUUUGCCAGGAAACCUAUUUCCAUUAUAGAUCUGAUUGUAGUGAUUGCAUCCAUUAUAGUGCUCAGUGUCGGAUCAAAUGGUCAGGUGUUUGCCACAUCUGCCAUCAGGGGUAUUCGAUUCCUUCAGAUCUUACGGAUGCUGCAUGUGGAUCGACAGGGUGGCACUUGGAGACUUUUAGGCUCUGUCGUUUUCAUUCAUCGUCAGGAACUCAUAACAACACUGUACAUCGGUUUUCUGGGUCUGAUCUUCUCCUCCUAUUUUGUAUAUUUGGCUGAGAAAGAUGCAGUUGAUGAAAAGGGAAAGACUGGGUUUGGUAGUUAUGCUGAUGCCUUGUGGUGGGGUGUGGUCACAGUUACAACAAUUGGAUACGGUGACAAAGUUCCACAGACGUGGAUUGGGAAGACAAUAGCAUCUUGCUUCUCUGUCUUUGCUAUAUCUUUCUUUGCACUUCCAGCAGGUAUACUGGGAUCUGGAUUUGCUCUCAAAGUCCAACAGAAACAACGUCAGAAACAUUUCAGUCGGCAGAUACCAGCUGCUGCCUCCCUCAUUCAGACCUUAUGGCGAUGUUAUGCUGCAGAGAAAACCCAUAGCUCCACAGCUACUUGGAAGAUGUAUAUAAUGCCUCCUGAUUAUAUUUCCAAAACAUCAGCAACACCAUCCAGUCCAAAUAUGAGGAAACAGGUGAAGAAAUAUAAAAGAAAAUGCAAAGUGGGACGUGAUAAUGAGACCGCUUUCAUGAUGAAUACUGGAGAAAAUGCAUUAUCAGUACCACAGAUAACUUAUGACCAUAUUGAUGAAAAAGAUGAGAAGAAAGAAGUCAAUUAUUUUAUUGAUGAACCCACAGGUUUUACAAGGAUGUUUAGACAAUCUGGUCAACAGCUUUCCUGGUCUUCCUUAACCAUCUGUACCUCAAGCUGUCCCUCAUCACCAGUGAGAAAAAGUGCUACUGAAGAAAACCCAAAUGAUAUUUCACGGACCAACAGCUUCACUGAUGAAAUGGAUUUGAUGGGUGAAGAAUCACCAUUGCCUGUGGUGACAGAUGUGUUACAAAAUUCCAGCAGCUGCUUGACAAGUCCUUUGUAUGUAAGGGUCUUGGAAUCACAGGCAACAAGGCAACUCAAUUCAACAAGAUUAUCAGAAGCACACAGAGCUGCCAUAAAGGUUAUUCGCCGAAUGCAAUAUUUUGUUGCCAGGAGAAAAUUUCAGCAAGCUCGAAAACCAUAUGAUGUGCGAGAUGUAAUUGAACAAUAUUCCCAGGGGCACUUGAAUAUGAUGGUCCGGAUCAAAGAACUACAAAGAAGGUUGGAUCAUUCUUUGGGAAAGCCUGCAUUCUUUCUUUCAGAAAAGGGACUAGACAAAGGUUACUACACUGCAGGAGCCAGACUGAUCCGUCUGGAAGAUAAGAAUGUUUGAUGCCGCUGGAACAGAGUCAUUGAACAGGAACUUCACGUGUUCAGUAUGGUUUUCCCCCUCUCCCAUGUAGCUGUUGGGUUCCAAGCACAGAAGUUGACUGUGAAGGGAAGAAGAAAAUGAACAAGAAUUUCAUCUGUAAUUGAACACUGAAAAUAGAUGGCUAAAGGAGGAACACGGAACGGAAUCGUAUGUUGUCCCUGGUGUUGAGGUUGUUGAUAGUAAGCUAGAAGUCAGAUAGAAUUCUAGCUCUACGAGAAUUAGGUUCUGGGUGGGACGACCCAUGGUCACAGUCCAGCCUUGCCUCUAAUUGAGGCCCUAAAGAGCCGUUUAAUAGCCUCAUCCUGGGGCUGCUAGGACUAACCAGCUGCAAUUGGGCCUGUAUGGUCCACUGGCAGUAACAGAUAAUUUAUUAACAUAAACAAAGACUGUAACUGUAACCCAAGAAAUCUGCUAGGUUUAUAUCCAAAAUAUGACUUUAUGUCCUGCUUGCCUCCUUCUGCUUUUAAUGGAUCCAAGUAAAGGAAUGAAUGAUCAAUCCUGAUAAAGUGCAUCAGUAAAUUGAAAUCUAUUUUGGAGAUUGCAUGAGACUGUCUGCUUUUAACAAUGUUUCUAUUUUUAACCAAUCAUGUUUCCCUGGAUCUUGGGAAUUCCCUCAAGUAAAAAUUAAUGAAAAUUCUUGGAUCACUAAAGUGAUUGCAUUUGUACCACUGCUUAUGAACCCAGGUGCAGGCGACCCUUCCAUAAUCUGUUUGCUCCUUUGACUGCAAUAGAAGCCACCCCACUCAAAACUACUAUCUCUGCCCUAUGCUGGUAACAGGACUUCCUGUUGACUAGCAAUUCCACCCAUCAACACCAAUUCUGUUCACCUCCAAGAGAUCAUAUGCCAUGGAUCAUCACCACACACCUUUGAAAAUUAGAUCAUUACGCCACCAUCUCCACAUCACUUCCAUCCACCUUGCCUUGCCACUUGAACCACUGACAGCACACUCUCACUAAUUGCUCCUCCCGUGUUCUCCAGUUGCAGGGUUUCUUCCCUGACAAGCUGGGAUGGGAAAUCUGGUGAAAAACUUAUAAAAUUUUAGAAACUUAGACUUCUAAUGCAUAACUACACCCAAUAUCCUGUUCUAAAUGUGAAGCCUUGUAAAUAGUAGGACCAAAUAAUGAACAAAUGAAAGGAACCAAAUCAGAUGUACAAAGAACAUAUUUUUUGCACUUAUGCUUUUCGCUCAAAUGGUACAAGAGACUGGUUAACCAUUCAGUGGAUCAUUCACAAAAACUGAUCAUUCUAUUCUGAUUCCCAUAGUCUGGGUCUUUCAGCUUGCAGAUUUUCUUUUCAAUCACCCCAUCUCCAAUAAUCGUGGAAUGUAGUGACAUUGUGGUAAUGUCAAUAUCCAGAUGCACAGGUUAAUGCUUGGGAAUUUUGGUUAAAAUCCCACCAUGGCAGCUGGAAUUUAAAGUUAGUUAAUGCUGAUCUUGC